CCUCCAAAAUAGUUAUAAUUGUCCCAACAGAAAUACCCGCAGCAGAUAUAUGGUACAAGUGCAGUUGUGGGCUCUUUGUUGUUGUUAUUCCGUCGUAAUGGUCGUCUGCUUCGUGUGCAGGUGUUCGGGUGUGCGCGCUUCCCUAUGAUAAGCAUUCUACUUAAUAAAUCAGUGUCUGUUGACAAUUAGUAAUGAUUGUGAGUGGAUCAGGUGCCUGCUGAGAGACAUCCAUUCGUCCAAAAAUCCGUCUAUAUAUAUAGCAAUGAGCUGCUGCAACGAAUUCUGUACAAAAUUCGGAUAGAGCACCCCUUCUACCAUUGGCCAUUGCCACUCUUUGCAGCGCUGCCCACUGCACUGUAACUGCAAGCUGCAGCCGAAGCAGCAUCAGGCAGCAGCAGCAGCGUAUAUACGCAUUUCCAUUGAGGAAGGAGACAAUCCUUGGAGUCUUAACUAAAGGCAAACCCUAAACCGGCGGAGCCAUGAAGUUUGCCGAGCAUCUGUCGGCGCACAUAACGCCCGAGUGGCGCAAGCAGUACAUCAACUAUGAGGAAAUGAAGGCCAUGCUGUACUUGGCCGUCGAGGAGGCCCCCUCGGUGGAGAGUGUCGAGGAUGAUGUGCUGAAGCGUCACUUUGCCAACUUCGACGAGAACUUCUUUCACUACUGCGACAAGGAGCUCAAGAAGAUCAAUACCUUCUACUCGGAAAAGCUGGCGGAGGCCACACGCAAGUUUGCCAAUCUGAAUGCGGAGCUAAAGACCUGCAUCGAGGAGUCCGAGCGUAGUGCCAAAAAGUCAAAGGGACAGAAGCGUCUGGCCGCCCUGCCCGAUCGCAAGGCCCGCGAACUGAAGUUGGCCUUCAGCGAGUUCUAUCUGAGCCUCAUUCUCCUGCAGAACUAUCAGAAUCUGAACCACACUGGUUUCCGUAAAAUACUCAAGAAGCAUGACAAGCUGUUACGCGUUGAUACUGGCGCUAAGUGGCGUCAGGAGUACGUGGAGGCGUCGCAUUUCUUCACCAACAAAGACAUCGACAACAUAAUCAAUGAGACGGAGACGACGGUCACCGGCGAGCUGGAGGGCGGCGAUCGCCAGCGGGCGAUGAAACGGCUGCGCGUACCGCCGCUGGGGGAGCAGCAGAGUCCGUGGACAACCUUCAAGGUGGGCCUCUUCUCCGGCAGCUUCAUUGUCCUGGGCAUUGUGGUGGUGCUCUCGGCUAUCUUCCACGAGAUCAGCGGGGAGAACCUGAAGGUCACAUUCCGCCUCUAUCGCGGCCCCCUGCUAAUCAUCGAGUUCAUCUUCCUGAUCGGCGUGAAUAUCUACGGCUGGCGGUCAUCGGGGGUCAAUCAUGUGCUCAUCUUCGAGCUGGAUCCACGCAACCAUCUCUCCGAGCAGCAUCUCAUGGAGCUGGCGGCCAUUUUUGGUGUGGUGUGGACGCUCAGCAUGCUGAGCUUCCUGUACAGCGCCAGUCUGGCGAUUCCGGCGUUUAUCAAUCCGCUGACACUCACCCUGAUCAUGGUGCUCUUCCUGGCCAAUCCGUUCCAUGUGCUGCAUCACGAUGCUCGCUUUUGGCUGUGGCGGAUCACUGGACGCUGCAUCUCGGCGCCAUUCUUUCACGUGGGUUUCGCCGACUUCUGGCUGGGCGAUCAGCUAAACUCUCUGGCCACCGCCAUACUGGACUAUGAGUAUCUCAUCUGUUUCUACUUCACCAACGGCAACUGGUCGGAGGCCAAGGAUGCCUCCAUCUGCAUGGAGAAGGACUACAUCAUCCGGCCGAUUGUCAACUGUCUGCCGGCAUGGUUCCGUUUCGCCCAAUGCCUGCGACGGUAUCGCGACUCGCGGGAGGCUUUUCCCCAUCUGGUGAAUGCCGGCAAAUACUCGACCACGUUCCUGGUCGUGAUCUUUGCCACCCUCAAGUCUUUCCACAGCCAUAACUAUACCAGCACAUUCGACAAUCCGUAUACCUGGCUCUGGAUAAUCGCCUCGAUAGUGUCCUCCUGCUAUGCCUACACGUGGGACAUCAAGAUGGAUUGGGGCCUGUUCGACAAGAACGCCGGCGAGAAUACCUUUCUGCGGGAAGAGGUUGUCUACUCCUCGACGGGCUUCUACUAUUUUGCAAUUGUUGAGGAUCUGGCCCUGCGAUUCAUUUGGGUGCUUUCAUUUUAUCUGACAGAGAUGAAGAUUGUUAGCGGCGAUAUUAUGACCUCCAUUACGGGCAUACUUGAGGUCUUCCGUCGAUUUGUGUGGAACUUCUUUCGAUUGGAGAACGAGCAUCUAAACAAUUGCGGCAAGUUCCGAGCGGUGCGUGACAUUUCGAUUGCGCCGCUCGAUUCCUCCGAUCAGGCGCUCAUACUGCGGAUGAUGGAUGAGUCGGAUGGGGUGAUCAAUCGCUACACGAAGACGAACCGACCCAAGCCGAAGAAGAUCAAGGAUCCGGAGAAGCGGAGUCUCCUGCAGCCGCGCGGCUCGAUGCCCGAUCUUCGGAUAGAUAUCGAUAGCAAAAAGUUAUAGGCAGACCUACGCCAACGCCUCGACCACAUUGUGCUUCCCAUUGAACGAUUUCUGAGAAUGUGGUGUUACGACUCUGGUCUAACGAUAAUUCUAAUACUAUUAUCGACCUUUUUUUUGUUUAUCUUUUUUUUGUGCCCAUUGUUUAGCUAAUUUGUACUAUACUAUACCCUAUUUUACUUAGGUUACGUUAAGUGUACUUAAACGAAACGAAAGGAAACGGAAACCCAAACUUAAGCGCGAACACGCAAGAGAACAUAAGAAAUAGCGAGAGAGAUGUCCAGCAAUAACUAGUUUAUAAGAAUAUCCAACUAAUUUAGCAUUCCAUUUACCCGUUUGCUAAUUAACAAAGGAACCUCCUACAACCUAUUGUAAUCCAUAUACCUAACCAUUCCCAAUUCAUGAUUUCAAGCCAAAUUUCGGAGAAGAUGCGGCAGUAUUAGUACUUAGAAAAGGCGAACAAAACUAUAUAAUCCCCAACCAAUCUAAUCCAAUUUCCCCGCCCCUCAAAAAGACAUUCCUUUAUCUAUCAGAUAUAUCGUAUAUCGUUUACCGUUAGUCAAUUUAGUUAUCUGUUAACCCGUUAUCUGUUAUCUGUCUAUCCCCAAAAAGUGUUUCGUUUUAUAUACAAUAACUGCAAGAGAUCAAAGGAAACCAAAAGAAAUAUUGUAUAUACAUACAUAUAUACUGCAUAUAUCGCGUAUAUCGGUAAAGUCUGUGUCUGUGUGUGUGUGCUGUUUUUGGAUUAUUCUGAAUGAGGUGGAAUGAUAAUCUAGUGGUUAACUAUAGUUUUCAAAGGUUAUUUUUGUUAAAAAAAAAGUAAUAUUAAUAUUCACAAGAAAAAAAAACAGACUUGGGAACGUGCAACGUUUUGUAUUGUACUUAUACAUAUAUCGUAUGAUAUAACAUACUAUAUCUUAUAUUCUAAAUGUAAAAUUAAGAGAUUUUUCUCUAUUUUUUGUUUGCCAUAAACUUGCUCGCAUUUUGAGCUGCUGCUCCCUCAUUUGUAUCGUAGAUUAAAUAUUCUAUAUAUAAUCGAACAAAAAAGCGAACCAAAAAGGAUAUGUCUAGAUGGAUAGUACUAGAGAUGGUAUAUAGCCUCUCCCGAAACAAAGCCCUUCGAUCAUAAUCUUAAGAACAUUUAUUGUACAUAAAACACAUACGACACACACACACGCACACACACAAAAACACACAACAGCAUGAGAGAGAGAGAGCGCAUGCGAGUAACAGAGUAACAAAAUAAACGACGCCCCAGGGCGAUGCAGCAAAUAA